ACAUUGGCUAUUCACUGCAGUUUCACUUGAAAACAAGAACAUUCUUCAUUACAUUGUGUUGUUGUUGCUUACGUACGAUACAUUUCUUGUCCCUAAAAAACUUAAACAAUACGCUUUUUUUUCUUCAAGUUAUGGUAUUUUAAGGCGAACAGCAUGUUUGGAAGUCGAAACAGUUUGGUAAAAUAUAUGCACUUAUUUUAUGACGAAAGUUUUGGACUUCGGCGAGAGUUUUUAUGGAGGCAAGCGGAAGUUCGGAGCUGAAGUCUACGCCCCUUCGUCUGUGAUUGGUCAACAACCCAGUCCACCUUGGUCGUAGUUGCCAGCGUCCAAACUAGGCUGCCACAAGCCGAAAACAUCGACACACACCCGGGCAGUAGUAGUUUUGAGCAUGGCUAAUUCAACUGGGAACAGUGUCGUACCACCGGGUCAGACAGCGGGGGGAGGCAGCCGUGCAGGAGACGACCAUGUGAACCCAGACUACAUAGCCUUCGUCCUGGUGCCGGUCUUCUUCCUCCUGGGUCUCCUGGGGGUCUUGGUGUGUCACGUCCUGAAGAGGAAGGGUUACCGCUGCACCACCGAGGCUGAGGAUGAGGAGGCGGCCCGGGUAGCAGAGGCGGAAAAGAAGGAACUGGAGAUGUGUACAGAGCUGAACGACACCUACAGCGAGGGCAACGACGACACCGUGGGACAGAUUGUUCAUUACAUCAUGCAGAAUGAAGCGAACUCCGAUGCCCUCCAAGCCAUGGUUCCUGAAAACAGCAUAGACUCAGAAGGCCCACCGCUGACUCCCACCUCACCCACCCUCCCAGUGACCCCUAUCUCACCUCGUGUCCCGGUGGGACUUGCCAAACACACCUGCAACCACCUGCACACCAUCGGAGGCAUGGGGGGCCUCAAGAGCGUCUGCAACCGCUGCAAUCACAAGAAGUGGCCCCUGAUGAGGCGUGUGUCCACCAAGAGGAUAGCAGACAGGAGGAGCCACGGAGAGGUCACUGUGUUGGCUGUGGGGAGGUUCCGGGUUACAAAGUGUGACAAGGAGAGGCCCGUCAGAGAAAGGCGGACCAUGCUCAGCACAGACUCCAAUGGGAGCGCGCCCACGUCGCCCACGGAGAAGGAAGCCUUUGAGAGCAGGACCAUCUCCGAGUCACAUCAGGAGCAGAACGAUGAAGGGGCUGAUCCAAAGUGACAGAAACCAAGAGCAGCGCGUGGCUUCCUGAAGAGAGCCGAGGGGGGAAAUAUGAUCAUUUGCAACACUUUUUAAACCCAGAAUCAGACCGUAGAGAAGCAUCAGUGUGCGAAGAGCAGCAGAGGCAAUCCAGGGGUAAGUCCCUCCCUAUCCGUGCCCCUCCCGCUUCGAUGGUCAGACGAGAGAAGACGGCGGUGUUGAUGGUGAAUUAGAGGAUGAAGAUAAGACAGGAGGUUACUCUCUCUUAUCAAACUGGCCCUCUGUCUCGGGCAAGGUAGUGGAAAAGGGUGUAAAGUGUGGCAUGUUUGAAAGAGCCAGUGUGCAGAUCAUCAGACAGUGAGUCACUGGUAGUGCCCCCUCACCCUCUCGUCACCAAAGAUGUGGAAACCACCGCCAACGUUAAUGGUCAACAAAAAAAAUAAAUCUCCCACGAUUCCGCUGCCAAGGAGGAAAACCACAAACGCUCACCUGACCAGGAAGUUGAGAUUGCAUUGGGGGUUGUGUGAGCCAAGAGCCAAUAAACGGUGCACUGUGUUGGAGCCAAAUACACAUCUGCUAAAGGUACAAACUCUACCUAGCCUUCACGUCCACUUCUGACCCACUGGGCAAAGACGGGUUGAAUCGAAGUUGUUUCCACGGCAUUUAAACCCCCAGAAUCUAUGAUGACUUAGUAACCUCACCUGAGACCUGAAGGAUGGUUCCAUACUGCUUAGUAACCUUAGUAACAGAAUCUAUGAUGACGUUGAAUCAACGUGGAAAACUAAUUGGAUUUGCAAAAAGUCCCCAACUUAAGGGAAUUUAUAGUUCCAGUGACAUAGUGAUUUAUUUGUAUAGUUAUAGUUUUUUUUUUAACGUUAGUUGACAACUCAACCAAAAAUAAAUCAACACUAGACGUUGAACCGACCGCUUCCAAUUGGCUCAUUCCCCCCCUCCUCUCCCCUGUAACUAUUCCCCAGGUCGUUGCUGUAAAUGAGGUGUUCUCAGGACUGUCUAGUCCCCCCCCCCCCUUCUAGAACUCCAAUGGAGUACAUUAACUAGGUUUAUACGGCGAGGACAAGUUUCCUCAUCACCUUUUUUUAAAUUCAUUAAUCUUUUGGUUGUCACGGUGACGUAUGGAACCGCUUCUGAUUCCACCCCAAUGAAACUACCUAUUUUAAUUGGCCAUUGACUCAUCUCUUUGCCAAUGUUACGUAUGGUUUCUAUUCAAAGGAGCUGAACAAAUCCAUUUUAAACUUCAGUAGGAGGCCUUUAAAAUGCACUUCUUUCUUGAUCGAUGCACAGACAGUCUUCCUCUGAACAGGUAGUAUAGAGCAGCUGCCUUGUGUGUCUCACUGAUUUUGAGUACGGUGGUAUGUGGUGGGAAUGUAAACUUUGUGUGUGAGACGUUUUUUUGUUGUUGUAUUUUUGUUGUAUUUUUCAAGGUGAAUCUUGAGGUCAAGUGACUUGCAAGUCACCAGAUGUUUUGUUUUCUAUGGUGAAUAAGGUUUUUUAGUCCAGGACUUGGAUAAAUGAACAUUACCUUUAGGGAAGAAAAAUAACUGUGGCUUUUUAUCUAGAACAGAAGCUUAACCAAAAUGAUUAUACAAUGCAAAAAAAUAUAUAUUUCUCAGUGAGGAAAAGUAAUGUCUUGUGAUCAAAUGUGUUUAAAAUGUAAUUUAUACUGUAACAAUUAAUCUAUUGACUCCCCAUUUGCCAUGAAUUGUAAACAAAUGUCAAAGUAUGUUCAAACGGCCAGUGUUUCAAAUGGUUACCCAUACCAAAGCCAAAACUGUUUUCAGGGAGGGAUUACUUUUUAAGCUUUACAUCCUUCAACGAGUAGGCCUACAUUGACCAAACCUGAACAAUGUACAAUGGUACUCCAAUCCAAAUCUAGCAUCAGACAUAAAACAAACAAAAAUAACUUUCAACAGUCUAAAAGUAUUCCCUGUGAAUGUCUCCUCUCCUUACAGAUGAAGGAAAAGAGAAAAAUCCACUUUUAGGCUUUUGAGGAAUGUCAGACUUUUUUUUGGCAAAUUUUAAAACUGGAAUGACUUUCAUCUAAGAGCUUUAAUAUCAAUCUUUUUUUGGGGGGUGGGAUUUUCUCCAAAAAGCAUCUGUUUAUGUGAAAUAGGAAUGUAUUGAUUGUCUGACUAAUUCAAUGUGUUUGUUAUUUGCUCUCAUGUUUGCUUUGGAAACUGUACAGUAUCAAAGUCUUAUCACAAUGUCUUUUUAGUCUGUCCUAUGAAAAUGGUUUUAGGAAAUAAAGCAAACUGACUGAAAAAGUUUUUGCCAUUUUAUGUUGACAGUUGACACUAAUAAAAAUAAAAUACUAUAGAAUUUAAUGAAUGUUUUUAAGGAGAGAGAGAGUACUAUAUGUCGUGUUUUUAACAAAUUAAAUUGAUUAAACCAACAA